GGUUCUGUUCCUUGUUAACACCAUACAAUGCGAUGAAAUGUACUACGGUGAAUUUCCCAAAGACUUUGCUUGGAGCAGCGCUACGUCUUCCUAUCAGAUAGAGGGAGGGUGGAACGCAGACGGGAAGGGUGCCAGCAUUUGGGACACCUUCAGUCACGCCAAGAGGAUCGCCAAUAACGACACCGGCGACGUCGCAUGCGACAGCUAUAACAAGUUAGCCGACGAUGUCAAACUUCUCAAAGAUUUGGGGGUGUCUCAUUAUCGGUUUUCCCUAUCAUGGCCGCGAAUCCUUCCCGACGGAACCAUCAACAACAUCAACAACAAGGGACUCCUCUACUAUAAGCAGCUCAUAGGCAUGCUGCAAUCAGAAGGAAUCGAACCCCAAAUCACCCUGUACCACUGGGAUCUACCCCAGGCACUAGAAGACCAGGGAGGGUGGUUAAAUGAAACAAUCGUUUACCAUUUCAAUGAGUAUGCCAAGCUUUGCUUCACUCAUUUCGGCGACAAGACGAAGUUUUGGAUCACGUUCAAUGAGCCUUGGAUCGUUGCCUGGCUGGGAUACGGCGUUGGUUCAUUCGCUCCUGGGCAGUGGGGACCCGGAGACAAGGUCUACACCGUGGGGCAUAAUCUGAUCAAAGCUCAUGCAAAGGUUUGGCACACGUACGACCAAAUGUUUAGGAGCACGCAAAAUGGAAAGAUCGGCAUCACCUUGAAUACAGGAUGGUCUGAACCCAAAAGCACUGACCCGAAGGACGUUGAGGCGGCAGAGAGAGCACUACAGUUUGAUUUCGGUUGGUUUGCUCACCCCAUCCUCAUCAAUGGCGACUACCCAGAGGUCAUGAAGGUCAGAGUUCACAACAUGAGCAUGCUACAGAAUCUCACCAAAUCGAGGCUGCCAGAGUUUACCGCAGACGAGAAGAAAAACAUCUCAGGGACCUCAGAUUUCAUCGGACUCAAUUUCUACACUGCUGCGAUCAUAUCGGAUGAUCCCACCAAACCUAUCAAUCCUGCCAACUAUGACAACGACAAGGGUGUGGCGGGAGAGGCUGAUCCUUCAUGGGGAUACUCCGGAUCAGGUUGGUUGAGAGUCGCACCCUUCGGUAUGAGGAAGAUUCUACAGUGGAUCGAUCAGACCUACAGCCACCCUGACAUCUACGUGACAGAGAACGGUGUGUCGGAUAGGUCAGGGACGCUGGAUGACACCGCCAGAAUCGACUACUAUAGAAGCUACAUCAAUGAGAUGCUGAAAGCUAUCCGACUCGACGGGUGCAAUGUGAAGGGGUACACGGCCUGGUCCCUCAUGGAUAACUUUGAAUGGGCCUCAGGAUAUGCCGAGAAGUUCGGGCUUCACUUCGUCAAUUUCACAGACCCCGCCAGACCACGGACCCCGAAGGCUUCAGCUCGAUGGUUCACACAGAUGAUCAAAGACAAUGGAUUUUACAACAGUGCUGGAUCUACUUCAGUCUCCACUUUUACCAUAGCUUUGGGCUUUGUAAUCAUAUCUGCCAUGAAGUUGUUAUAUUAG